AUGGACACCGUCAAUGUAGGCGAACAGAGCCGGUGGCGGCACCUUUAUAAAGUCCUAUCCAAACCCGGUCCCUACUGCGAUGAAGACUGGGUUCCAGGGUCAGAGACGAUCAACACCCUCGAGUCUUCAAAGAUCCUGGUGAUCGGAGCCGGUGGACUGGGCUGCGAAAUCCUGAAGAAUCUCGCCUUGUCUGGAUUCAAAGACAUUCAUGUCAUUGAUAUGGACACCAUCGAUAUCUCCAAUCUGAAUAGGCAGUUUCUCUUCCGCCAAGCUGAUAUUGGCAAACCUAAAGCAGAGGUUGCUGCUGCCUUUGUAGAGAAGCGAGUCAAAGGAGUCAAGAUUACACCAUUUGUUGGCAAGAUCCAGGAUAAAGAUGAAGACUACUACAUGCAGUUCAAGAUCAUCGUUUGUGGCCUCGACAGCAUCGAGGCCCGUCGCUGGAUCAACUCUACACUGAUUGGAAUGGUUGACCCGGAGGAUCCAGAGAGUCUCAAGCCUCUGAUCGAUGGUGGUACUGAAGGUACGGAAGAAUCGAUCUCCUGUGAACGCAAGAGUACUGAAUCAGAUGAUCAAAUAGGAUUCAAGGGCCAAGCUCGCGUGAUUUUGCCUACACUCUCGUCAUGUAUUGAGUGCCAGCUUGACAUGCAUGCUCCUCGCCCUGCAGUACCGCUCUGUACCAUUGCCACCAUUCCGCGUCAGCCCCAGCAUUGCAUUGAAUGGGCUCAUCAGAUCGCAUGGCAAGAUAAGCGUAAAGAUGACACUUUCGACAGCGAUGAUAUGGAGCAUAUAUCGUGGGUGUACCAUGCUGCCCUGGAGCGAGCCCAGCAGUUCCAUAUUCAUGGAGUGACAUUCCAGAUGACUCAGGGCGUGGUAAAGAACAUCAUCCCGGCUAUUGCAUCAACAAACGCAGUGAUCGCUGCCUCCACAACUUCGGAGGUGAUGAAAAUUGCCACUGGCUGCAAUCCUUACCUGGAGAACUACAUGAUGUAUGCUGGCGAAGAGGGUGUUUACACGUACACAUUUGAGGCGGAAAAGAAGCCAGACUGUCCAGUGUGCGGUAACCUUGCUCGGAAGAUGAAUGUGGAUCCGAACAUGACUCUGGGAGACUUCAUUGAAAGUCUCGGCGAGAGGGCUGAAGCGCAGCUAAAGAAGCCUAGCCUGCGGACAGAGGAGAAGACGUUGUAUCAACGCUUCCCGCCUCAAUUGGAGGAGCAUACGAGACCCAACCUACGCCUCAGACUGCGUGACCUAGUGGAGGACGGUGAAGAAAUCGCCGUUAGUGAUCCAGCCUACACCAUCGACUUCCGCUACAGACUGGUGUUCAACUGA